AUGCGGAGACUGACGAGCAAGCGGCAGAGGAAGCAGAAGAAUAAGAUAUCCCUGUCCAGCAAGCAGUUCAAGGCCCCUAUCGGACUGACAGAUGGAGACGAUGCUGAGCAAGAGCUCCCCUUUGACAGCAAUGCCCUCAUCCUCCCUGCGAUGGGUGGCACCUGCGGUCAGAAGGAGGAGGAGCCUGCCGAGCCAGUCGCCAAGCCGCUGAGCAAGUCGCAGAAGCGCAAGGCCCGGCGCGUGCAGGAGGAGAAGGAGCGCCGCAGCGCGCGUGACAACGUGCUGCAAUCCCUCUCCCAGACCGCCCUGGACCCGGAGACGCUGCAGGCCCUGCGCCCCCUCGCUGCACGCGGCCAGAAGGAGACCAGGAAGGAGGUGUCGGCGCGCAGGCAGGCCCUGCGCGCCGCAGGUCACCACGUGGAGGACGACGACGUCCCCACCCCGCGGCACAACCCCAACUCGGAAUCGGACGUCGGUAGCAGCGACGACAGCAGCAGCGAGGAGGAGGCGACACCCCGGCCCUCCAGCGCCCCCGCGCGCACGCAGUUUGCGCCGCGCCGGUGGGACGAGCCCCAGUCUCCUCAGGAAGAGGCGCAGCCGGCCCUCAAGAAGGCCCGCACAGGUGGUGAGGAGUCCGGGAGUGACACCGCUCCCCACCCGCCCCUGGCCCAGGCGCUGGCGCAGGCCAGGCAGCAGCUGGGCCUGGGCGACGGGCUGGGCGGUGCUGACGAGGACGAGGGGCCCGCGCGCCUGGCGCCCAGCGUGCCCCGCGAGAACCUUCCCCACCCCCGCUCAGUCUCGGUGGAGCGCAGGCCCGAGAUCCAGGCUGCCAGAGAGGGCCUGCCCAUCCUGGGCAUGGAGCAGGAGAUCAUGGAGCUGCUGGCCGAGCACGACGUGGUCGUGCUCUCCGGGGAGACGGGGUGUGGCAAGACCACCCAGGUGCCCCAGUUUCUGCUCGAGGCCGGCUUCGGCUGCCCCCGCUUCCCGGAACGGGCUGGCGCGGUCGGGAUCACCCAGCCCCGGCGUAUUGGCGCCAUCUCCACAGCAGAGCGCGUCGCGGACGAGCUGGGCAGCCGACUGGGGGACGUGGUUGGGUACCAGGUGCGCUACGACAGGAGCGUGGGCGACGCGACGGCGCUCAAGUUUAUGACAGACGGCAUCCUGCUCAGGGAGCUGCAGCACGACUUCCUGCUGCCCCACUACAGCGCCAUCUUGGUGGAUGAGGCGCACGAGAGGUCCCUCAACACAGACAUCCUGCUGGGACUCCUGUCCCGGGUUGUUUCCCUGCGACGGCAGAUGCACUCGCAGCAGCAGCAAGGCCCUGGUGGGGUUCCGGUUUGGCCUCUGAAGCUGGUGAUCAUGAGCGCCACCCUGAGGGUGGAGGACUUUGUCGGAAACCAGCGCCUGUUCCCGCGCCCGCCGCCCCUGAUCACCGUGCCGGCGAGGCAGUACCCUGUGACGGUGCACUUCAGCCGUCGAACGGAGAUGAACGACUACGUGGGUGCAGCGCAUCGCAAGGUGGCACAAAUACACAGGCAGCUGCCCCCCGGUGGCAUCCUGGUUUUCCUUACCGGGCAGGCCGAGGUCAAGCAGCUGUGCAAGCAGCUCGAGACCACCUUCAAGGCCCAAAGACGAAACCAGCCGGCGUUGCCAGCCUCUGCGCCGCCGGAGGAGGCCGGCGACAUCGUGUCUGGAGGCGACGCGGCAGAGGAAGGGUUUGGCGCGGAUGCCAUCGACUUCCUGGAUGCCGAGGCAGAGGACCUGGACGACUUUGACGAUGGAGAAGAUGAAGAGGAGGAGGAGGAAGUCGAUGUCAUGGGUGGAGCGGGCUUCACGCCAGAGCAGCUAGCCCUGGCUGAAGCCGAGUUCGAAAAGAGACUGGGCCUGACUGCUCCCGCCCCCGCCGCUCCAUCACGGGCUGCCCAGGGGCCCGGCCCCGUUCACGUCGUCCCGCUGUUCGCCAUGCUGCCUGCUGCGGGGCAGGCCGAGGUCUUCAGGCCUGCGCCGCCCGGCCACCGCCUGGUCAUCGUCGCCACCAACGUGGCAGAGACCUCCCUCACCAUCCCCGGCAUCCGGUACGUGGUGGAUGCGGGGCGCGCCAAGCAGCGCGUGCUGGAAAGCACGGCCAGCGGCAUGGCCCGGUACGAGGUGGGCUGGGUGAGCCAGGCCUCAGCCGCGCAGCGCGCUGGGCGCGCUGGGCGCACGGGCCCUGGCCACGCCUACCGACUGUUCUCCUCCGCGGUCUUCAACGACGCCUUCCCCGCGCACGCGGCGCCCGAGAUCCUGGGCUCGCCCCAGGAGUCGGUGGUGCUGUCCCUCAAGUCCAUGGGCGUGGCGCGCGUGCACAACUUCCCCUUCCCCACGCCGCCCGAGCCCAGCGCACUGCGCGCCGCAGUGGCGGUGCUGACCACGCUGGGCGCGCUGCGCGCCGGCGACGAGGAACUGACCCCGCUGGGCCGCGCCAUGGCCGCGCUGCCGGUGAACCCGCGCCACGCGCGCAUGCUGCUCCACGCCGCGAGCGAGGGCGGCCGCGCGGCGGGGCUGCUGGACGCAGGCGUCGCGCUGGCCGCGGCGCUGUCGGCCGCGCUGCGCGACCAGGACAGCGACGGGCUGAGCGCGCUGCGCGCGCUGUGCGCCUACCUGGCGCACGGCCGCGACGCGGGCUGGGCUGCCGGCGCCGGGCUGCACGCGCGGCACCUGGAGGAGGCCGUGGCCCUCCGCGCCCAGCUGGCCCGUGUGCUCACCGCCUGCCCCGUGGAUGGACUCGGGGGGGACCACGCGGGCUACAGCUCCCGCGCGGUGCGGUACCAGGCCGCGGAGCUCGAGGAGCCGGUGUUCCUGCACCCCCUCUCCGGCCUGCACCGCGCGCCCCCCGCAUUCCUGCUCUACACAGACCUGGUGCGCACCGCUAAGCGACCCUACGUCUCCGGGGUCACAGCCCUGGACCCGGCCUGGCUCCCCGCCACCGCCGCCGCGCUGUGCAGCCUGAGCGCACCCCUCCCCGCCCCGGCACCCUUCUACAGCCCCGCCCGCGAUGCGGUGCUGGCCUGGCACGAGGUGACCUUCGGCCGGCACGGCUGGGCCAUGCCGCGCACCGCCGCGCCCCACCCCGACCCAGCCGAGCGCUGCGCGCGCUUCGCCGCGGCGCUGCUGGAGGGCAGGCGGGCGGGGGUGGACUCGCGGCGGAGCCUGCUGGCGGCCCUCCUGGACGAGCCAGGGUUCCUCCUCCGAGAGCUACGAGCCUGGUACCCCGCGCCGGCCCUGCCCAUACUGCAGCAGGCCUGGGCUGCACUUCUGGAAGAGGCGUGCCGAGAAGGAGUGCCCGCUUGA